AUGGGGCUUUCAAAGCUCUUCGCGGCCUCUCUCUUGGCCAUGGGUCUCUUCAACCCCACAGCCGCUGUCCCGACGACAAGUGAGUUGGAAGCUCGCCAGCAGGCCUCGAGCUACUGGCUUCCCAACAUGGACCGUCAAGAAGUAGCUGCCUUUGCUGGGGACAGCAGCUUCAAGGUCUUCCGCAAUGUGAAAGACUAUGGUGCGGUCGGUGAUGGCACAACUGAUGACACGGCUGCCAUCAACAAGGCCGUACAGGAUGGCAACCGUUGCAUGAAAGGAUGUGACUCUCAGACUGCCAAGCCUGCUCUCGUCUACUUCCCCCCUGGUACCUACCUUGUCAGCGAGCCCAUCAUCCAGACCUACUACACGCAAUUCAUUGGUGACGCCGUCACCCUGCCCACUCUCAAAGCUUCGUCAAGCUUCACCGGUAUGGCUGUGAUCGAUGCAGACCCUUACGAGGAAGGCGUCAACUGGUACAUCAACCAGAACAACUUCUUCCGCCAGGUACGCAAUUUCGUCAUCGACAUUACAGCACUGCCCCCGGGCGCUGGUGCCUGUAUCCACUGGCAAGUCGCCCAGGCGACGAGCUUGCAGAACAUUGUCUUCAACAUGAACCCCGACAAGAGUGCCGCCAACGCCCAGAAGGGUAUCUUCAUGGACAACGGAUCCGGUGGCUUCAUGGCCGACUUGACAUUCAACGGCGGCGGCUUUGGCGCCUUUAUCGGCAGCCAGCAGUUCACCACUCGCAACAUGACGUUCAACAAUUGUAACACCGCCAUCUAUCUUAACUGGUGUUGGCUCUGGACCAUGCAGGAAAUCAAUAUCAACAAUGCGCAGAUCGGUAUCGACAUGUCCAGCGGUGGUGUUGGCAACAUUCAGGCUGGUAGUCUCUUGCUUCUCGACAGCAAGAUCUCCGGCACGCCCAUCGGAAUCAACACCCUCUACCAGACAGACCUCACCAUGACAAACAACACCUUGAUUCUGGACAACGUCGACAUGACCGAGGGAGUGACGACCGCCAUUCGCUUUGCUGGUGACAACAGCACUCUGCUCGCGGGUGGCCAGGUGAUUGCUGCUUUCGCCCAAGGCCGGACCUACGACGGAAACGCUGGCAAGGCUGUUCAAGCUGCGCGGAGCGGUAUCUCAAAGCCGGAGGGUUUGAUGAGCGACGGCAAAGUCUUUACGCGGACCAAGCCUCAGUACCAAGAGCUCCAGAAGGGCAGCUUUGUCAGCGUCAGAUCCUCUGGCGCCAAAGGAGACGGUGUCACCGACGAUACAGCCGCCAUCCAGAAGAUUUUCGACAGUGUCCAGGCCGGUAGCGUUGUCUACUUCGAUCACGGUGCUUACAUCAUCUCGGAUACCAUCAAAGUCCCCAAGGAAAUCAAGGUUGUCGGAGAGAUGUGGCCGCUCCUCAUGGCAGAUGGUGCCAAGUUCAACGACAAAGCGAACCCUAAGCCUGUAUUCCAGGUUGGCGAGGCUGGCGACGUUGGCAAUGUCGAAUUCUCUGACCUGAUCAUUGAGACCAAGGGACCUGCGCCGGGCGCUAUCCUCAUGCAGUGGAACUUGGCUGGAUCCUCAGCUGGUGCUGCUGGUCUGUGGGAUGUUCACUUCCGUAUUGGCGGCACUUCCGGCACUGAGCUCCAGUCGGACAAGUGCACGAAGAACCCCAACGCCACACACGGUGCCAAUGAGGAGUGCGAGGGUGCAUUCUUGCUGUUCCACGCCACGCAGACUGCCUCCGUCUACGUUGAGAACUGUUGGUUCUGGGUUGCCGAUCACGAGCUCGACAUCACCGACCACAACCAGAUUGAUAUCUACAACGGCCGUGGUGUUCUUCUCGAGUCCCAAAACCCCGUUUGGUUCUGGGGUACUGCAUCCGAGCACAAUCAGAUGUACAACUACCAGAUCUCCAACGCCCAGAACGUGUGGAUGUCUGUCAUCCAGACCGAGACGGCAUACAUGCAAGGCAACCCUGACGCAACCACGCCCUUCCCGGUCAAUGAAGGAUUCAACGACCCUGACUUCGCAACCAGCUGCACGGAUGGUUCCACUUCGUGUGCUCGCACCUGGGGUCUCCGUGUGACCAACUCGUCGGACAUCUUCGUCUUCGGUGGCGGGCUCUAUUCCUUCUUUGAGAACUACGGCCAGGAUUGUCUUCUUACUCAGAGCUGCCAGGACCACAUGGUCAGCAUCGAAAGCUCCAGCGUUCACCUCUUCGGUAUCAGCACCAAGGCGUCGGUCAACAUGAUCACCUUAGACGGUCAGUCGGUGGCACUGGACAAGGACAACCGAAAUACCUUCUGCGCCGCGAUUGCUCAGUUCGAGAGUGAGGGCGGCCCUGCUGGAAACGGUUCUGGCUCAGGCGGCAGUGGUAGCGGUUCCUCGUCCUCUGCAUCAAAGUCUGCCACGGCCACCAUCAAGCCAUCAAGCACUGCAGGAGGCUCGGGCUCGGCUCCGUCCUCAACGGCAGCCUCGCCGACUCAGUCCAGCGGUUCGGGCUCUGGAUCUGGAACUGGAGGCGGCUACGGAUCCGGUUCAGGAUCUGGGUCUCAGAGCUCAGGCACAGAGGCUGGCGCCACGACGACUGCUGCUGUCCCCGCAUCAACCGCCACCACUUCUCCUUCUCAGGGUAGCGGCUCAGGAAGCGGCUCUGGCAGUGGUUCCGGCAGUGGUUCUGGCAGUGACUCGGGCAGCGGUUCCGGCAGCGGUUCCGGCAGUGGGUCGGGAGGCUCUGGUUCAGGAACCGACAGUGUGACGACGAUUCCGAUCACUUCAACUCUCCCGGCCAGUACGUCGACCCAGGCCGCUGCGACCCAGACCGUGACGACUGGGAGUGGUACCGUCCCCGACCAAGCGAAAGCCGUCACGGUCACGGUCACUGCAACAGUGACUGCCACGGGACUGUGUGCUGCGUCGUAG